GUCAAGUCCAACAAACUGUGAAGUUUGACCUCCCUUCUUCCUCCUCCUCCUCCAAACCCCCGCCUCCUCCUCGCUCCUCUCUUCCCAUUCUAGGGUUUUAGGGUUUUGCCGUCCACCAUGCGGCACCUCUCGCGCCUCCUGCAGCACCGCCUCCUCCUCCCCUCCAUCACCACCACCCCCUCCUCGGCCGCCGCCGCUUUCUCCACCACCACCAAGCGCCCCGCCUACUUCCGCCGGCCCAAACCGGCGCCGGCGCCGCCCGAGAACCCCGCGGGGGCCGCUGUUGACGAUGCGGACGCUUACUCGCAGGCGUCGGAGGAGGUGGGGUCGGGGUGGCAGAUGGAAAAGCUCCCGAGCAAUCUGCCGAAGCCGCCCACCAUCCCGUUCCAGCCGCGCGUCGCCAACGCCGUGCGCCUCGUCGGCACCGUCGGCGCGCCCGUGCAGCUCCAGCAGCUCCCCGACGGCCGCUUCACCGCCGUUUCGGUGCUCGUGCAGGACCGGCGCAACGACUUCCCAAAGUUCUGGAUCCCUGUAAUUUUUCAAGACGACUUGGCACAAGUUGCUGCUUCUCACUUGCAAGAAAAUGACCUUGUCUAUGUGUCUGGUCAAUUAAGUGGUGAUGUUCCACCGUUCAAAGAUACUGAUGGCCAAGCAAACAUUCAGAUUUUAGCACAGUUGCUGUCAUUUGUUGAUAGUAAAGCUGAGAAAACAGAUUUCCUGGUGGAUGAAGAGGAAGGGUUUAUGGAGAUUGCUGAGGCUGAAAAGAAAGUUGAACAAACCAUAGUCACCCGUAAAUAUCCACCAAACACAGUUUCAGGUUAUAAAGGCAAACAGGACAAGUUAAACACACUCUGGAAUGAUCUUCUAGUCAGUCCACACGAUUGGACUGAUUGCCGGGAUGAGAAGAAAAAUGGAUCUAAAAAAGCGAAUUAUCCUGAUUUUAAAAACAAUAAUUCAAAAGAGGGGCUCUGGCUUAACACAGCACCAAAGUCAGUUCUAGAAAAGCUGGAUGAUCUGGCAUUUAGUCGUGGCUACAGUGCAGCUAAAACAUAUAAGCCUUUUGAUGGUAGCAUGGGGAAAGGUACAAAUUCAGGUUGGAAUAAAUUUAAGACAAACCAAGCUUCUUCUCCUGAGAAACCAAAAAAAGAAGCGGACUUGUGGCAAAAUCUGGUGGACAAUCCUGGAGAAUGGUGGGACAACCGAUCAGCGAAGAGGUCUAGUAAAUCCCCUGAUUUCAAGCACAAAGAAACCGGUGAGGCUCUUUGGUUAAAUAACAAGACACCGAGUUGGGCUAUGGAUGCACUGACAUCGGCAAAGCCAGGUAGCAGAGGAAAUAGAAUGCCAGAGACCCUCCUUUCUUGACCUGUUUGAGAUGGUGGCCUUAGCGGUAAGCCCUUUGCUCUGCAUUGUGCUUUGCCUCGGCUCUAUUUUUGUGAAACGUUCAGUCUGUCUGGAAGCUAUCUUUAUGUCGGACGAGUAGAAAUGUGUGCAAACACCUGAGAUUCAAGUAGAGAACAUGUCUUGCGUAAUUCCCACGGUUGGCACUGCAAGCCAUGUCCGUUGGGCCUUCGUAAUGCUAUGCCAGGAUGUAAAUAGCAUUUCCAAGUCAAUUCCAAUACAUAUUCAAGUCUCUUCAAUCUCAAAAAAGGGCCUGAGUCUUGUUGAUGCU